AAUUAAUCUAGCAGAUAUGGAGCCUUUAGAGUUUACAGGCUAUGCUGACAUGGGAGAUGACUCAUCUUCAAAACCUGACUUCAAAAAGAGACAAAUGAGUUGUUAUGUCAAAGACCUUCCUAAAGAUGAAAUCCCUGACUCCCUCAAAGACGAUUCAAAGCCAAAAGCAAGGAGAAUGUCUUGUGUACAGAUGCUAAAAUAAGGACAAAGAAGAUGAAUCCCUUGAAAAUUACAAAAAGAACCUCCUCGGAGAUCUUGGAGCGAUCGAAGAAGAAGCUCCAGCAGAAGUUGAAAUAUACUCAAUAGAAUUUGUAUGCCACGAUAGAGAAGACGGCAAUAUUGUGCUGAACUUUAGAGAAGAUGAAGAGAUCAAGAAGGCAGAAGAGUUUGUCCUUAAGGAAGGAUCUCCAUUUAAUAUCAGAAUCACUUUCAAAGUUCACAAUGAUAUUGUUUAUGGACUUAAGUUUGCAAAUAUAGUCAAGAAAUUAAAAAUCACUGCUCAAAAAGAAGAACAUGUGAUGGGAACUUUUGCGCCUACAAAAGAAGCACAUGUGUUUGAUCUCCCUGAAGCAUAUGCUCCAGAAGGAUUUUUCCAAAGAGGUUCUUACAAGGGAAAAGCUAUGCUCAUAGAUUCAGAUGGAAUGGUGCACUUACAGUUUAAAUAUCCUUUCAAAAUAUCAAAGAAAUGGUAAAGCAAAUAAUAAAAAUUUGGUAGUCUACUUAGAUUUCUAUCUC